CGUCGUUGUAGUCUGCACCGCAGGCGGUGAGAGCUGCUAGUCAGAGGAAAAUGGCGGACGGUGUGGAUCAUAUCGACAUCUACGCCGACGUCGAGGAGGAGUUCAACCAGGAAGCUGACUACCCAGUUCAUGAGCAGAUCGACCUGUAUGAUGACGUAAUAUCCCCAUCAGCCAAUAAUGGUGAUGCUCCAGAAGACCGGGAUUACUUGGAUUCACUGCCAGCCCCAGGUGGUGCAGAGGGAGGGAAAAGCGCCCCGCCCAACGUGGUGUACACCUACACUGGAAAAAGAAUCGCCCUGUACAUAGGAAACCUCACAUGGUGGACAACAGAUGAGGACUUGACAGAAGCUAUCCGGGUGAUAGGCAUCACAGAUGUGCUGGAGAUAAAGUUCUUUGAAAACAGAGCCAAUGGCCAGUCAAAAGGGUUUGCUCUGGUGUGUGUUGGUUCAGAGGCAUCCUCCAGAAAGUUAAUGGAGCUGCUGUCAAAGAGGGAGCUCCAUGGUCAGAAUCCCAUUGUCACACCAUGCAACAAGCAGUCCCUCAGCCAGUUUGAAAUGCAAUCACGCAAAAGUACCCAGACAGGCCAGAUGUCUGGGGAAGGAAAGGCUGGUCCUCCUGGUUCUGGACCCCGUGGCGGUUUCCCCAUGGGCAGCCGAGGGAGAGGCAGGUUCCCCGGACCACCUGGCCCUGGAGGAGACCGCUUCCCUGGUCCCGUAGGGCCUGGGGGUCCUCCACCACACCUUCCUGGCUCGGGCAUGAGACCAGAUCUGGUUAGACACCAAGAUGGCCCUCUGAUGGAUAUGAGUUUCAAUCCCUUCCAGCCGGGGGGCAGGAACGGGAGCUGGCGUAGCAGAGGUGGCAUGCAGGGUCCUCCACGGCCCCCACCCGGUCCACCAGGUCCCCCAGGACCUCCAGGACCUCCACCUCCAGGCCAGGGUCUUCCACCUCCCCUGGCUGGGCCUCCAAAUCGUGGCGAUAGGCCUCCUCCACCUGUUCUCUUCCCUGGGCAGUUUGGCCAGCCACCACUGGGACCCCUGCCUCCAGGUCCUCCACCUCCAGGUUAUGGCCCUCCACCUGGUCCCCCACCUCCUCAGCAGGGCCCACCCCCUCCAGGACCCUUCCCACCCCGUCCUCCUGGACCUAUUGGCCCCCCUAUGGCAUUGGCUCCACCACCACAUCUGCCAGGUCCCCCGCCAGGUGGCCCACCACCAGCGCCACAUGUGAACCCUGCCUUCUUUCCUCCCCCUGGCAACAACAGCAUGCCACCCAAUGAUAGCCGAGGUCCACCGGGACCAAAUGACCCAUACGGCCGCCCUCCACCUUAUGAAAGAGGAGAUUAUGGGCCUGGAGGCCGGGACAUGGACACAUCAAGGACCCCUCUAAGCGAGGCAGAGUUUGAGGAGAUCAUGAACAGGAACAGAGCCAUCUCCUCCAGUGCCAUAUCUAGAGCAGUUUCUGAUGCCAGUGCAGGUGAUUAUGGCAGUGCUAUAGAGACUUUGGUGACAGCCAUCAGUCUGAUUAAGCAGUCCAAAGUGUCCGCAGACGACCGCUGCAAGGUCCUCAUCAGUUCUCUGCAGGACUGUCUCCAUGGCAUUGAGUCAAAGAGCUAUGGCUCUGCGUCAAGGCGAGAACGUUCCAGGGAACGUGACCACAGUCGCUCAAGAGAAAAGAGUCGACGACACAAAUCUCGUAGCCGCGACAGGCAUGAGGACUAUUACAGAGAACGCAGUCGGGAGAGAGAUCGUCAUCGUGAGAGGGAUCGGGACCGUGACCGGGAAAGAGAGAGGGAGAGGGAAUACCGGCACCGUUAGCCGGAAAGGAGCUUACGAGGAUCAAGGAUGGAUGGAAGGAAAAGGAGGAACUCUUUCAGUGCACCACUCCCUGCCCUCCGUGCAUGACCGGACAGGAACACAACUACCAUCACUUCCUCCACCCCCUCCAUUUCUCCUCUCCUAUCCUUCUCCACCCAUCCUUCUCUCUAUCUGUUGUCUGCCUGGUUUAAGAGCAGCGGAUGGAAGACCCUGACCUGUGUAAGGCUAUGUUAUCCAAACUUCUAUACUCAUGGUAACUAAAGAUGACAAAAGAAUCUUUCCAAAAACAGCUCUUUUAUUUUUAUGAUGUUUUAUUUGACAUAAAAAGUAAGCGUGAUGCUUUUUUGCGACUUAUAAAUAAAUAAAUAAAUGGCCUGCACGAUCCCCAAAUAGAAGACACAAACAUUACACCCUUUUGUUGUUGUUUUGUUUUUUUUUUCUUGUUCUUUGGCUCGCUGUAUUGUGUGUAUAUACAGUUUAGAGAUCAGUUUUUAUAAGGUAUGUGCUUGAUGUUUUCUCCCCUACCCUCACUCUCUCGUUCUCAUUUAUUCUUUUCAUGGCUAGUACGUUUGUAAAUGUCUCUGCUUUUUGAUUAAAAUUAGAUGGUGUUGUAAUAAAAAAUGUUUACUGAGGUACACUCUGCAUUCAGUGAAUUCCUCUACAUGUUUCGUUCAUUUAUAUUAAAUGUAUAUACUGACUUAGAUUUUUUUUUAUUAUUAUUUGUUUUUGGGUUUUUUUACAUUGGUAAAUGGCAAGGAUGUAGUCACUUUGGUUUGUUUUUAUCUUGUGUUGCAUUGCGUAGUCAACAUGCUAAACCAAAAAGAGAAGACCCCGCUGUUUGGAAUGGUUUUUGAUGGUGGGUUAUUUUGUAAUUCCGCUGAAUAAUUAUCACUGAAACACCGCAUGAACAAAUUGUCUUUCACUUCUGUCAUAUAAUGGAUUUAAAAGCAGAUUUUAAUUCAAGCAGCCUUCAUAGUUGAAGCUUGAGUGAAAGUGUUUAUUCCUUAAUUGGGGAAGUAUGAACCAGUUUUUUGUUAUAUGCCUUUCACUUUAGAUGUUACAUGUUUUAUGCAUUUGAAUUUUGAAGACUUUUCCCCUUUUCCAUGAUAGAUUUAAAUAACUAAACCAUGAACAAAAUGCGUUUUAAUUUGUCGGUACAGUGUAAAACAUUCUGCCACCUGUCAUUUUUAAUGUUUUGCAUGUUUGUCGAAAUGGACGGACAGCAAUUUGUUGAAGCUUUUAGGGUUUUUGUGUUUUGUUUUUUUCAUGUAAGGUUGGGAAAAUAGCAAUGACUGGUUUAGUUUUUACUGAGUUAUUUUUAUUAUAAUUUACAAUUAUUUAAAAAAGAAAUUGUAAAUUACAUUGCCACAGCUUUCCCAGCACACGAUAUAACACGAUUAUACCACCAGUUUUUAAAAUGUGAGUCAAUGGAAAUCAAAAAAUUACAGGUAUGUUCAGGUUUGAUGCUGCAGUGUGUCAUCGGGUGUCCUAAGUGCAAAUCAAUAUGCAUACAGCGCAAUAACAUGGUGCUUUUGUAUGGUUUUUAACGAGAACAAAGUUGCAUGCAGACAGUAUAACACAUUUUUGUGAAAUUAUCGCCAUUGGUGAAAUUUUUAAUUUGGUCCCAAAAAAUCUGAAACUUGUGUUCGCACCUUGUCUUUCUGGGGAUUAUUCUUUUAAUAAUGUCAUUUCAAUUUCAGUCCGUAACAAUUUAGAAAAUGCCUUAUUUUCAAACGUAACCAGUGAAUGUAAAACUUUUGGAUUCAGUGUCACAGCAGGAAUUUGAAUGACAGGCUGUUCAGGAAACUGUACCAGCAUCUUUUGAAACCAUCAUGAUGCUCUUGAAGUGUAUUCUUUUUCAGUUUACUUCAGAAAGUGACUUAUUGGGGAAUGUAAGUGCCUUUGCUCCCGUAUCCUUGCAAAUUCAGUGAAAGUGUGAUGUAAUGUAAACAAAAUGUAAAUUGGAUUUUGAUAUUAAAAAAAUAGAAAAAAGUGGGACCUUUUUGAAUAUAAUGAUGCUAUUUCUGAACAGUUAGUUUAAAAAUGUUGAAAGUUUUAAGGUCCUAUAUCAUGUUUAUUAAUGAUAUUGGCUUAAUUUGAUGUUAGUUAGUUGCUCUUUUUCCUCAUUUUAUUUCCUGCAGAUCUGUUUGGGCAAAGUACUAUACAUGUGCCUUGUUUUCUUUUUUUUUUAAUUCGUUUUUUAUUUUAAUUAUUAAAUUAUUUCUUUAGUUGUGCAUUGAAUUUGGUAACUCCAAUGGAGUUCUGCUCUGGUCAAGAUAAGCAGAACUGUAGCCCUCCAGAACAUUUUUACAGGAAUUUGGUUUCAUUUUGUUUGUGUUAGCUUUUUUCCACAGUACAAAAAGGUAAGUGAUUUUUAGGGUCUACAAACACAACCAGUGAAGAAACAAGAUGUCUGAUCGACUGCAGGAGUCUUUAAACUGCACAAGCAGUUGGAAAGUAUAUACACAUGUAUUUAUGAGUUUUCAGUAUUUGUAUGACUAAGAUGUUUUCACUAAAUGCUAGUUUCGCUGGUUUCUAGGUGCUUGAUUUUAAAAUCACAUUUGUCUAGUAAAGAGGCCUUUGCAUGAUGACUUAGAGACAUGUUUCUGCUACAAAUUCAGGUUAUAAUUUUUUAAGAUGAGUAAAAUAAUUUUUGACUUAAAAAAUUGAAAUGAGCUUCCAUAUUAAAUGGUCUCACUUGGGCAAAAUACUUGCUGAAUUUGUAUCACCACUGUAACUUUGGGAUUUUAAGUUAAGAUUCAGGUGUAUUUCUACCGCCAAUAAUGGUUACAUGUAGUGGUACAUAGCAGGUAAAUAGAUUAUCAUUUGCUCUCAAAGAAUAAAGUUUACAAAUUA